UGGGAAAUCAAUCUUCAAAAUGACGGGCCCGGCCCGGCGUUUCUUCGGCCCAACCACAUCGCGAGGUCAGGUAACAUUCUUCACGCGAAUGAUCAAGAGCGCAAACAUUUGAUCUACAAUUCCCAAUCCCAACUAACAAUUGCAAUGCCUCCAGCACCGCCUUCAUUUGGUUCGCAAGAGUACUGGAACAUGCGUUUCAUUGCCAAUCCGGUUCCGUUCGAAUGGCUCGAGGCUCCUACUGCGCUAGAUCCGUACAUUAUUGACGCUUUGAAGGAGAUCGAAGCCCCAAACCCGCAAUUGCUGCACAUUGGGUGCGGGACGUCACUUCUUUCGUACCACCUACGUGCGCAUGUCGAGAAACCCAGUCAGAUUCACAAUCUAGAUUACUCAGAUGUCGCGAUUAAACUGGGGAGGAAACGAGAGGCCGAGAUCUUCGAAGCAGGAUGGUCAGCUUCCGGGGAGGAGGCAACCAGUGCCAAGCCGGAUAGAAAUUCACUUGAGUCAGACCAAGAGAAGCUGUCCACUCCUGCAACAAGUACAGCUGCCAACUCUCCGUCCUCAUGCAUGAGAUGGUCGUCCGCAAAUCUCCUAGACCAUUCCUCACUCCUCCGGACAUGUCAAGCUUCCGCGUACUCGAUCGUUGUCGACAAGAGUACAUCGGAUUCGAUCGCUUGCUCAGAUGACUUAUACGUUCCUCUGCCAUAUCAUGUCGUGGCAGCUUCACCACAGUCCAUGAAGACAAACGUAACUGAGUCUCCCGAGCCUUUACAUCCCCUUCAUAUCAUGGCCGUCCAUCUUGCACUCGUCACGAAGCCAGGAGGCCGCUGGAUUUCUCUCUCCUAUUCCAUGAACCGAUACCCUUUCUUACAGCUUCCCACCCCUGAAUCUGCGAACGGCUCAUCCCAGCCUAUGCAGACGACCGCCUCGGUCAGUCAAGCCCCACAGCAAGGCACUGCUGGAGACGAAGCCGAAUCCAACGAUGAGGUGAGCUUAGAUGACGACCUCGACGAUAUUCCAGUCAAGGUUCUCAAAGAUGGAUUUCCAGACCCAAGCACUCUUUGGAAAUUGGUCGGAAAAUACGAUAUAGAACCUCAGACCGCGUCAGAGGCAACCAAGGGCAACGAGACCACGCAUAGGCCGAAGGUGUCGCAUUGGAUCUACGUCUUAGAACGGACAAACGUGCCGCUCUACAUCCGCACAUGAUAACAUAAGCAUGGAGCCUAUCAUGAAUUAAAGGUUUGCUUAUAUAGCCUUUGUCAUGACACGGGAUC